CGUGUCGCUGGCUUUCUCGCCUCAGAUGUAUCCCGAAACGGAGGGUGUGCCUCUCCAACACCACCGAGUACCCCUGCAGGCAGUACGAGUGUGUCAGCAGCUCGCUCAGCUGCGAUAAGACCGAGCUGGACCCCGCGUGCGAUGCCGCCAAUGUGGAGCACUCUAACCUCUGCCUUCUCUACCAAAGAGGGAAGACCCCAGCCUACAUGGGCCACUGCCAGGAUGCCUGCAGGCUCUCGCACCCCGUUUGCGGGCACAACGGCGAAACCUACACCACGGUGUGCGAGGCCUACUCGGACCGCGUCGCUGUUGACUACCAUGGGCGCUGCCAUGCCGUGGGCACGGUAUCUGAGUUCUCCUCCGACACUGUCUGCGGCGCCGUGCGCUGUCCCCCCCUCUCCACCAUGGACUGCAAUCCUGUCACUCCCCCCGGGGCCUGCUGCCCACUUUGUGCCGGAAUGCUGCGGAUCGUGGUCAACGCCGGCCAGAUGGACGUCUUCGCGAAGCUGAACGACAACCAGCCGGUCACCGUCCACGACAUCCUGCGUAUCCUGAGGCUUCACGUCUCGGUCCCGCAGUGCGACGUCUUUGGCUACCUGAGCAUCGACUCAGAGAUCGUGAUCCUCAUAGUGCCCGUGGACCAGCAGCCUACUGCCCUGCAGAUCGAAGCCUGCAGUAAGGAGGCUGAGAAGAUCGACUCCCUGAUCAACUACGGCAGCCCCUCCCUCAUGUCCCACGUACCCCUCUCUGCAUUCCUGACCUCGGAGGUGAAGGUCUCCACCAUCAACUCGUCAGGUCUUCCUGCAGCCAGGUCCCAGGCCAGCUGCCUGGUCUUCAGCCUUCUCCUGAUGGUGAUCGUGGGCCUUGGAGGCACCUAGCUAUCAGCUCUCUACUGCCUCCUGCAGUUGGAUGUUGAAUAUGAACCCUGGACAUGCUUUCAAUCCAGACACAAAGCUCUUCCUUCCCAUGACAAUCAGCAUCACUCCUAAACUGACUAAUCAAUUUAUGUAUAAGGAGCAGCUUGUGCCAGCAGCAUCCAAAGGGGUCCAACAGAAAAGGAAAUUACUGAAUCCCAGUCCUUGUUUUUAAAUAACAUUGUAGCACUUUGUCGACAAGAGAGGGACCAAGCAGCACGACCUCUAUGGGGAGGUGACGUUUGGGUGAUAGACUUACACUAUAACACAGGUACAGCAUUCAUUCAGGUUUUACAUAAAGGUUAGGAACGCUGAACUGGAACGAGGGCGGGCAGAAACGUGAAGCGCAAUAUUCUAGAAGGAAAAAAAUGAAUCUGUGCUAAUCUUUAUAUGCCAUACCAAUGAAUUUUUAUCUCGGAAUGAAGAACUAUAGUCAUGUUCAUAGAAGUGAAAAACAGCAUUUAUCGAAUAGACCCAAAGUAUAUGCUGAAUAUCUAUAUAACUUAAUGCAAUAUUUUUAUAAUGUUGUCGAGAAUCUGAAUGGUUAUAUUUUGAAAAGUGGCUCAAGACUGACGUUUUUGUAUCAAUGUAACUGUCAUUAUUCUUGCAUGCUGAUGUGCGUAUCGUGUCGUUCCUUUCAGUCUGUUCUGCCCAAGGUGGCUCCCCCUUGUCUCAUUGUUACCGUUACCUUUGUCGUGUUUUAUGUUGUGUUUGUUUUUUUUUUAACUGUCUAUUUCCUGUUUUCCGAAAUUAAAUGCGAUCGUGCGGAUAAUAUAGAAACCUGAGCACUUAA